UUUUUGGCAUUCAUGAGCAUUAGCAGCCCCCUCACUUCCUCUGCUCUUUGCCUCACUUUGCCUGCUCCUCCUCUUUUCUUCUGCAGCACAACACAGCUCCAUGAUGGUGUUGCCUCUGUUGCAGGACACUCACAGAAAACAGGAUGUCCAGGACUGCAAUUUCAACAUGUUUCUGUCUCUGUUUUUCUCACAGAUGCUCCCUCGCUCGGACUGGGACCACAAGAGAGGCUCCCGAGGAUCACAGUCAUCAGGCACCACAGUCAUGGUGGACAUAGCGGUGAUGGGAGAGGCUCAUGGACUAAUCACAGACCUGCUGGCUGACCCUUCCCUGCCUGCUCAUACCUGCACCUCACUUCGGGCUGUCAGCAACCUGCUAACCACCCAGCUCACUUUCCAGCCGCUGCACCGGCCACGCCCUGCUCCCCUCCUUAACCUCAGUGACGCCUACACCUGCUCUGACUCGGAGGAAGGACCCGAGAAAGGCGAGAAGACAUCUUUCCACAAGCGUCUCAGGCGGAGUCUCCAUCCUGGUCUUCUGAGGAGAAUCUCUUCCACAUGGACCACCACCACCUCUGCCACAGGUCUUCCCACCAUAGAGCCUGGGCCUGUUUGCAGGGAUCGCAGCGCCAGCAUCAAACCCUACCAUGAAACGCUCACCUGCAGCUGUGGGAGACCAUACAUCAGACUGAGCCAUGGGGAGGGCUCUAUAGACAAGGGAGACAGGAUACCACGUUCAGCUGAGGAUCCAGUUGUUGUGUCAUCAGACUAUGACAGCACCCACGAAGCUAACCACAGUGACAGCAGUGAUGUAGCACAUACUGAGGAGGACACGGAGGAGGGAAAAGCCCCUGCUCAAAAUGUUAUCCUCCACCAACUAAUACCUCCUGAGGACAAACCCAUUCUGGCUCCAGAGCCGUUAAUAAUGGAGGAUUUAGAUCCUCUAAUGAGUCAGCUGAAUAAUUGGAACUUCCCCAUCUUCACCUUGAUGGAAAAGACAAAUGGGAAAUGUGGACGUAUCCUCAGUCAGGUCUCCUACAGGCUCUUUGAAGACACUGGUCUGUUUGGGAUCUUUAAGAUCCCUGUAAAAGAAUUCAUGAACUAUUUCUAUACCCUUGAGAAUGGUUACAGAGACAUACCAUAUCACAACAGAGUCCACGCCACAGAUGUCCUUCAUGCAGUCUGGUACCUCACCACGCAGUCUGUGCCCGGUCUGCCCAGCCUCGUUGCUGACCACGGCUCCGCCAGUGACUCAGACUCAGACAGCGGAAUAACACACAGUCAUAUGGGCUUCCUGGUUUCAAAGACCUACACUGUGUCAGAAGACGGCUAUGGCUGUCUGUCAGGCCUCAUCCCUGCUCUGGAGCUCAUGGCCCUUUAUGUGGCGGCUGCAAUGCACGACUACGACCACCCCGGGCGGACCAACGCGUUCCUUGUGGCCACCAGUGCUCCACAGGCAGUGCUUUACAACGACCGAUCCGUCCUGGAAAACCACCACGCUGCCUCGGCCUGGAACCUUUUUAUGUCACGGCCAGAGUACAACUUCCUUGUCAACUUGGACCAUGUGGAAUUUAAACGUUUCCGAUUCCUGGUUAUUGAGGCCAUUCUGGCCACUGACCUGAAGAAGCACUUUGACUUUCUUGCCGAGUUCAAUGCAAAGGUGGGUGACGAUCCAUCUUCAGGUAUCGAUUGGUCCAAUGAGAACGACAGGUUGCUGGUCUGCCAGAUGUGCAUUAAACUGGCUGAUAUUAAUGGACCGCUGAAGUGCAAGGACCUGCAUCUGCAGUGGACCGAGGGCAUCGUCAACGAGUUCUAUGAACAGGGUGAUGAGGAGGCCAGCCUCGGUCUUCCCAUCAGCCCCUUCAUGGACAGAGCAGCACCACAGUUGGCCAAACUUCAGGAAUCGUUCAUCACACACAUUGUGGGACCACUGUGCAAUUCCUACGACUCGGCCAGCCUCAUGCCUGGACGAUGGGUGGAGCCCAACCCGGAUGAGGGAGAGGAGGAGGAGGAGGAGGAGGAGGAAGAGCCGGAGAUCAGGGUGAACGAAGAUGAGGAUGAAAAUGAAGAGGACACUGCAGAAGAGGACAGUUCCACAAGCUCAGAAGUGUCACAAAAUACCACUCCCAAGAAAAGGAGGAGAGUCUUUUGUCAGAUCACGCAGCACCUGAUGGAGAACCAUGAGAUGUGGAAGAAGGUGAUUGCAGAGGAAGCUCAGAAACAAGACCAAGGGCCAGAGUCUGUCCAUUUAAACAAUGUAGCGGAGCCUAUUCUGGCGAUUCAUGAAGAAGAAGAGGAGCCAGGGAGCAGAGAAGAGCUGGUAGAAGGAGAAGAUCCAGAGGAGGGAGUGGAGGAACCAGAGUGGCCUGUUUCUCCACAGGACGACUCUAAACCUCAAGAGGAACUACAGGAGGGCGACCCACAGUGAAAAGGCCCAUGGGAAAAAUGGUGUCAGUCAGGGCAAGGAUGUGGAAAAGUAUUUCUUUGUUUCUUAUCCUAUCAACUGACUCCUGUUUUUUGCCAGCACAUCACUUAGACACAACACUGUAGAAGUUUGGGAAAUGUGUGCCUAUACAAAAAAAGAAAAACAGGGUGGGAAAAAAAUCUGUGCUUUACACAUUUUAUCUGAAUAUCCAAACAUUUAAAGGAGCUUUCCGUAUUGCAAUACAGGAUGGUUUUAUGUUCUUUGGGAUACAGACUCUUUUGCUACUGUCAAGAGAAGAGAGAAAAGACUGGUUGCACAGACCUCAACCCAUUGUGGUCACACAGGACUGCAGACAUUUGCUGCCAAUUUAUAAAUAAAUAUUUUCAGAAUGCAAUUAUAUAUAGACAUCACAAUUAACUGUAGUCGUGUGACGAUUCUAGGAGUUUUUAAGGUCGCACACAGGCCAUAAUGUUUUUUUUAUGUACGGCUUAUGAAGGCAGUCAAUCACAUGAGGAACACUGAUGUGUCAUCCGUCCUUUCAACUUUUGCCAAAAGUAACUGCUCACCUGUGGCGUUUUAGCAUUAAACACAAAUACUUAUGUUUUAUGUUUUACAUGUGUUGCCCUAAUGAUGUCAUCCAUACCAUUCAGUGUAGCCGUAUUCAUUUAAGGGGGAGCACUUGGGGCUCUUCACACUGUAAAGCUGUUCUCAGACAUGCACGUAAGUCCCGGCAUGUUUCUGAAACUGUCCAGAGGCGCGACAUGCGUUCUCCAGAACUCCUCCCCCUGCCAGCUCGCUAGUAAGAAUCUCUGGAUAAUUUACCAUGAGCCCAUGUGAGAACACAGCAGGAAAUGCUCCCGCCAGCGGGUGUCCUGAAUCCAGGGGUUUCAGACAAUCUCGAGCUGCUUAAAUGUCAUUAUAUGAACAGUAAACUCUCCAGGUCCAGACCAGGUGUCCAUGUCUGAAAAUGGCUUAUGCAGGUGUGGGUCUUUGCUUGAAAUAAUUUAUUUGUACCAUCUCCAGUCCCCAGUUUCCGGGUAAAUAUGGUCGGGUCAAUGACUUGACAAAUUAACGUUGGGCUGUAGGAAAAUGAAUCAAAUCAUACUUUGAAACUACCAAAUGUUUUAGGAUGGUAAAAGGGAAAAAAUCAACAAAACAGGAAACCAUUCAAUAAAAAUAUAUAAAGAGUUAGAAAGCUUAAUAUAUUAAACAAAACACCCUGAUGUGGAUUAAAUGUGUAAUCUUAAUUUGUUUAAUUUUAUUUUAUUUGAAAUGUCCAUAGACUGUCUUUAUCACUACAGUGUUGUUUGUGUCUUUUCUAUCACUUUCUGACACUUUGCUGUAUUUAAGGCUCAGUGUACUGCAGUACGCUGUAUCCUGGUCCUCAUUAUGUAAUCACUUGCAAAUGAUGCUGAUCUUAAACCCUCAGGAAACUCUCAACUAUUGAAAGUCAACAUUUGCAUUAUUCCUUGGGACAGUAAGAUAAAAACAUACUGGAAUGGCAGGCUACUUUAACAAUAAUGAAUAAGAGCAAUGAUGAUAAUAAUUGUUUUCUGCUUUUACUUUUAACCUCGAAGCAGAAAACCUUUGUUCAUCUAUGUAUCCUCCUCUUCCAGCACCUCAGGGAGACUUUCUUUCUCUCGUGGUUAAAAUCAGACAGCACAUCAGAGUGCAUCACACAACGAGGAUUUAUUUUGAAUUCAUUCUUUUUCAAGCUUUUUGUUUCCACGUCAAAAGAAAACAGUUGUGGGGCAAAAUCAAUGGAAUCAAAACAAGUCUGAGUUUAGCCAAAAGUCAAAGUUGUAAUUAACUUGGAACGUUGUCAUUAUAUUUCCACAUUACAGGUACUAUGCACAUGUUUAGGUCCUUGUUUUCUUACUGCUUCCUAAUCGCCAAGCCUAUUUUGUACCGAGAUAUUAAUUGACACUAUUUAAUAUCUCAAUGAUCAGGACCUGAUGUUUAAGAGAUGUGAUUCAGAAAUGUGCUGUAAAGUGACGUCACAUAAGAGCCCCGACUUUGGACUGAGACAAAGCCACAAGUAUAUUCAACUGCGUCUCAAACAAGUACAUUGUGGCAGUAUUAUAUACAAAUGAAGUGCCCAUAAUCUUGUCCAGUGUCUGCAUGUAACUCAUAAGAAGUAAAUCAGUUGUUUAAUGGGUCUCUGACUUGUUACACUGCUACCUUUAGUCAUCUUAUAUCUGAUCUUUAAAAAAAAAAAAGGCAGCACAUCCUUGCAGUUACAUUCUUCUACCACAUGAUGUUUCCAUCUGUGGUGAACACUAAAAUAACCCAUUUACUGCUGUCUCUCUCUCUCUCUAUACUGCAGCACAAAGGCCACAAGCUGAAGGUAAUUGGUUGACCCACUGAUUAGAGAGACAUUAAACAGAGCAUCAUUCACCACCACACAAGCCCUGUAUCAGACCACACAGUUGUUUGAAGCCACUGAAUCAGAACAGCCGUUUUUUUGGCUUCUAAUGAUCAUGUGUUGCCUCACCUAUUGUAUCUUGUUUACAAUAAUCCUGCUGUUUUUUUUUUUUUUAGUAUGUCACCUGCACUUCCUGCCCAGUGAGCUCUUACGUUUUCUUAACUUCUUUUGUUUCCCAGCUCCUGCUUUGAGAAAACAGUAUACGUAUAUAUACUGGACAGUGUGUGUGUUUUUGUCAUUUUGAAUUCUGCCACUGAACCUCUCUAAUGUGACUCUGUCCUCUAUUUGACCAAUCGCGCCACUGAGAAGAGCGGGGGUGCGACUUCUGCUCAAAACGGUGACGCAGUCAUUAGUUCCUCAGUCGACUCUGAUGACACUUAUUCACUGAAGGCCCUUUAGCACACUUGUCCUUGCGCUUCCUCUGACAUCCGUUCCGCCCGUCCUGCACAUCUGAGACCCUCACUGGCAACAGUGGACACAGAGGUCGUCACAAAACUGCAACCGGAUUCUAUCCAUCUGUCCAUUUUGUUCAUUUGCUGAUGGUGCACUUUUUUUUUUUUUGGUUUGUUUGGACAAUGCGUGCAUUUUUGUCACCAGAUGACUUCAAUCCUGAAGUCAACUUGCUUUACCAGUGCAUUUCUUUUAUUUUUUAUUUGAUUGUCAUAAUUAUUCACACGUGUAGCAUAGUUGUAAUGGUGGGACCCAAACAAGCUUUACAAUUAUGUAAACAAACAAAAAAAAAAGAUGAGUAUUUUUAUAUAGUUGACACAUGAUUAAAUAAUGACUUGCUUUCUUCUCACUAGUACCUUGCACUUACCACAUGUACAGUACUAACACGUGGAAGAAUUAUUCCAAAAUACAUGGUAUUUGUGAAAGUAACAUAAUUAAUUUCCUUCCGGGUUGAUGCUCCAUUUUGUACAAUACACACACACACACACACACACAUAUAUAUAUAUAUAUAUAUAC